UUUUGUGAACAAGGUUUCCCUCGUUUUCUACAUUUUUCAGUACUUCCAACUAUUUCUUUAUAAUUAUCCUGAUUUUGAUUCCAUGUACAAAAUCCAUCACAGAUUUCAUUCAUAAGAUAUCCAUUUCAUUUCUCUCCUUCAGUUCUUCAUCUUAUAAAUCCAGUCUUAAUCUUCAGUUUCUCAUCAAUCUUUGUAGUAAACUUGCUGUCUUACAUAAAAAGUAGUAAUAUCUUGUUAGAUUGUUGUUUGCAAGUGCAAUAUCCCUGUAAAAAUAAUUUAUCUAAGAAUAUCCAUAGCAUACUCCGUUCGACGGUGAAUCCAAAUUAAUUUUUCUUGUUUCAAGCGAUACGUGUUAUGAAAUAUCAAGAUAUUUCUGUUUGUUUUUAAGGGUUUGGACUUUUAUAGUUUUCAAGAUUUCUACCAGAUUUUUAUUUUUCUCAAUUGGACAGUCUAUAAACACGUUUCUAGUUUUGGAUAUUUUUUUCUUAAGUUUUUAUAAUUUUUGAAUUAGUAAUGGAACUGAAAUUGCUUAAUUCGAAGUCUCUUUCUGUAUCUGAAAUAAUACCAAAUUUCGGAAGGAUUUCUUUAAACUCACUUGUUAACAGCAGAGGUGGUGGUGGUGGCUGUGUUAAUAUCUCAAAGGAACCCUGUUCUUGUAGAGGAAAUUAUCUUAAAGCUUCUUACUCGUCUGUCAAAAGAUCUAGACAAUCCGUUGAUUGGAUUGGGCAAGACAAUAAGUUCGGAAUUGGAAGUGAUUCAUCUUGGAUUAUUGGAACAAAUGGAGCUAUUUCGAGUUCAUCACUUGUACUGGAUUCCUACGACGAUGAAUAUGACGGAGUCAUUGUUUAUCCUGAAAGCUUACCAUCUAACUCUAAUACUUUUGCUUCUCUCCUUCAGAGUUCACUUUCACACUGGAAACUAAAGGGGAAGAAAGGGGUUUGGCUUAAAUUACCGCUGGAGCGGUCAGAACUCGUUCCGGUAGCAGUAAAGGGAGGUUUCAAAUACCACCACGCCGAAGAAGGAUACUUAAUGUUAACAUACUGGAUUCCCGAAGGACCUUGUAUGCUUCCUUCUAAUGCUUCACAUCAAGUUGGAGUGGGGGGUUUCGUACUUAACGACAAGAAUGAGGUUCUAGUAGUACAAGAGAAGCAUUGUUCUCCAGCGUUUGUUGGCGGUUGGAAAUUACCCACGGGAUUCAUUCUUGAGUCGGAAGAGAUAUACACUGGAGUUGUAAGAGAAAUUAAAGAGGAAACUGGUGUUGAUACGGAGUUUGUUGAAGUGAUAGCUUUUAGGCACGCGCACAAUGUUGCAUUUGAAAAGUCGGAUUUGUUUUUCAUUUGUAUGCUAAGAUCUCUUUCUUCUCAGAUCAAAGUGGAUGACAUAGAAAUUCAAGAUGCUAAGUGGAUGCCUCUAAAAGAAUUUAUUGAACAACCCUUAAUCCAAGAAGAUGGCAUGUUCAAGAAAAUCUUAGAUAUCUGCAUCGCACGGCUUGGAAAGCGUUACUGCGGAUUAUUACCUCAUCAAGUCAUCUCAAAGUUUGAUGGAGGAUCAUCUUCCUUGUACUAUAAUGUUGUUGAGGAUCAAACUUCCAACUGUUUAGGUAUCUAAAGCACACGCAAACUGUAAUACAUGUAUUAUGUAAUUUUUCUGUAUUCAUGAGUUCAGAAUUGGAUCCUUCUUGUUAGAAGUAACACUCUUUAUCCCAAGUACAAAAAACCAUUUGGGAGACAUAGUCUAGAUGGUAUCUGUAACUUGUACUUAUGAAAAAUCUGUGUAAAUAUAUUUUUCUCUAGUACACACAUUUAGGACGCGUUAUAAACACACUUUUUUUCCUGUCGAACA